CCUUUGAUAUGUGAGCAGAAAGUGAGUCAUCCAGGUGUGAUUUAUGUGGAACCGGAGACUGGUAUAUCCCAGGCAGACUGGCACGAGAGACAAAGAGAGACAGAAAGAGAGAAGGAGGUGUCGUCCCUUUCUAACUGCAUACUAUCUGUUCUCUUCCAAAUCGAACGGGGAACAUGCAAAGGAUCCUAAGUAUCGUCCAGUGCGCCCUGCUGACUUUGGCUCUCGGGGUUCCAUCUGUAACCAGCACAGACUCUGUGAGCGGCAGCAGCAUGUUUGCUGGUGAUGGAGACUGCACAUGUCGGUGUAUAUUGCGGCGUCCUGAGCUGGAGAAAUGCAGACUAGGGAAUAAUACUGCUGCCCUCAUACCAAAGCCUCUUUCCUUCAAUCCUUUAUCCACCGCGAAGUCCAAAUGCCAGUGCCAGUGUGAAAUCUCAGGGUACAAUCCAUGUGAUGCUGAAAUGAAGUUGGAGAAACUGAGGAACAGAACCCCAGAUGUGGAGAAGAUUGAGCCAAUUGUUUCCAUGUUGCACCAAGCUCUGACCAGUGCUGACAUCAGGAGACUGAGCUCCAACACCAAUCGAGCCACCACCCACAUCAAAACUCUGGAGCAGGCUCUGCUGUCGAACUUUACAGCGGAGAGAGUCUUCAUGAAGAAGAUCUACACCUCACUCUCGCAGACUGCCAUGCUCUACCAGAAUUUCACAGAGGCCCUACGACUGCUCUCCCGGGAGCUUUACAAGCUUAACAGCCAUCUUCGAGUCUACCGAGACAUGACGAUACAGCAAGGACACAAGCCCCAGGACAACAUGACCUCUGAACAGAACGGAAGUGUACCAUAUGAUGCAUCACAGAGCAACAUUCCAAACAGAGAGAAUAAAGAAGAAGUAAAUACAGUUAGCCCCAGAGAGGAAGACGUAGAAGUGGAGCUGUCAAACACCGUGCCCGAAGACUCCUGUGCUGGGACACUGAUGGCAGUGAAGACCCCUCGUGCGUUUGGCCAGUUCGGCAGAAAGGAGGGUGCCUGGCUUAGAGAUCCUCUGUCCCGAGAUGGCACCCUCUAUUUGGCUGACUACAUCUUUGGAAGCGAGCUGUUGGAGUUCAGCGAUAAUGAGGCCUUGGCACAGGGCCGGCCCUCGUCCCGAGUUCAUAUGCUUCCUUGCAGCUACUCUGGCACAGGACAUACAGUCUACAAUGGUUCAUUCUACUACCUUAAAGCCUUUACUCGAACUCUGAUCCGCUACAGCCUUUCUCAUCGGGCCACCGCAGCAUGGGGUCUCCUUGAGGACCUGUCUCUGGCUGCGCAGAGUUUGUCCAAGUUUGGCUCAGGCAGUGGACGAAGCUGGCAAGGCUACAAUGAUGUGACAUUUGCUUCAGACGAGACUGGCCUGUGGGUGGUGUACCCUUCUAAUCACUUUGGCACCAUUGUGGAUGAUGAGCUGGUAUUGGUACAGCUGGACCCUGAAGAACUCACCCCCAGAAAGGACUCGCUGUGGAAAAUGGGUCUGUCAAGGCCACAGUAUGGACUCUCGUUCGUUAUCUGUGGAGUGCUGUAUGUGAUGGACAAAGACUCCAUUGCCAGGGGAGCCAUCUCAUUUGCUUUUGACACGCACUCUAAUUCUCAAACUGUUCCUGCUCUCCCAUUCCCAGCCGGGACAACUUCCAGCUACUUGACACAGCUGUCAUACAGUCCUCUCGAGAGGCAGCUGUACGGCUGGGAUAAUGGCGUGCAAGUCAAAUACCCUUUGCAUUUUGCGGUGUAGCAGCAGCAGCAGCAGCAGCUGAAACAAACUGAGAAAGGACUCUUUUCAGCUUCUUUAGAGCAGGAGAGAAUUUGGAAAAUGGCAACUGCUUCUCUUCUAGAACCAGUCCUAUACUGAGACCCUCGAUAUCCUCAUUUUUUAUAAUGCGCUGUAUGCAUGAAAACUCUCUCAAGAGUUUGGUUUCACCUCCGCUUUAUCUUUGUGCAAUCAAAUCUCCGCAGAAGAGCAAAAACAUAAUGGUCAGAUUGCCACCUUCAUGGGCCAAGGCACUGAACCGCUCACCGGCAUUUCUUCCUGUCUCUAGCGCAGACAUGCUGGGAUGUGAGAUUGCUGCAGGCCUGCCGCCGUUGUGAUCCCAUCUGCCAAUAAAGUGCUCUGUAAUUUGACUAUCUCCUUGACAACAGCCAUCGAGGAACCAAAUAUUGACAUAACUCCCCAAAACCACAAGGUUCUGGCCUCCCUUGGAGAACAAAGCCAAGAAUGAACAGAGCAAUCCUUCUGAUAGCAGCGAGCGAGUCAGGACAGCGCCAGCCAAGGCGGGCAGGCAGCUGCAGGGUCGACACUUAUCAAGAUGUGCCCUCCAUUAGGCGCAGGACAAUUAAAGAGCUACUUUCUUCAGCAGAAUUACAUGCAUUACACUAUAGGGAAAUCCCAGAUGGCGAAAUUGCCUCCUUUUCCCUUAAAACAAUAUUUGAAUGUUUGUUUAUAAGGAAGAACUCGUAUUCAUAGAGAAGAGGAACAAACAAGAGGAACAGAAAAGGGUGAGGCAAAUAAACGUUUUGGCCAAAGGCCUAACAACUACCAUGACAGUAGGACAGAACAGCUACAUAAAGGAGAUCUGAAAUAAUUCCGAAUUGGAUGUGCCACAGAGGUCUAUAUCUGUUUUAGGAAACCUAAUAAAUUACUUGAAAGAACAGCACUUUGGGUAAACAAUUGCAGGAAGUGCAGAAAAGAAAAAAAUCACAGUAAGAGCACUGAAGACGUAAACACUGAUCCAGCCGUCCAUUUUCAAAGCAGGGCCGCAAGGAGCCCAAGCCUAUCCUGGCAGCAUCAGAUGUACAUCAGCAAGCAGCCUUGGGGAGAAUGCCAGUCAAAUGCAGGGCACAAUCCGUCUACUUUCUCAAGCUACACCCCUCGUUUAUAGAGAUACUGGAAGCUGCGGCAUACCCAAAGCUUUGAAAAGGUGCCACUCCAUUGCAGGGCACACACACUCACCCAUCCUUUUAUUUCCUGAUCUUGUUAUUUUUCAUCAAAUAAUACAAUCUAACCCUGAAGCACUACAGCUAUACCAUGUGCACUUCAGAAGAGGUCAUCCACCAGAAGUUAAACAUGUUCGAGCCCGGCUAGUAUUUGGAUGGGAGGCCGUCUAGAAAAAACUUGGGUUGCUGAUGGAAGAGGUGUUGGUGAUGCCAGCAGGGGGUGCCUACCCUGUGGUCUGAAUGUGGACCCCAGUGCAGUGACAGGGACACUGUGCUGUAAAAAUGGUGCCGUCCUUCAGAUGAAAUGAAAAACCAAGAUCCUGACUCUCUGGGGUCAUAAAAGAUCCCUGGGCAUCCUUCAUGAAGAGUAGAGUGUUUCCUGAUGUCCUGGCUACAAUUAUCCACCCCAGCCUAGUCAUUCUGCCCCCCACGUAACCAUCCCCUGCUUCUAACUAGCUAACUAUCUCUCACCCCUUCAGCACCUAAAAGAUAAUGUGUGGUGAGCACACUGGCACAAAAUGGCAGACGCCACAUCAUCCAGGUGAAUGCUACACAAUAGUGGUGGUUGAAGCGGCUCCCCACUCAAUUUGAAAAGUGCUAUAUGAAUGUAAAGAAGCAUUAUUAUUAUUACAUGAGAGGAAGGAAGGAAGGAAGAGGCCAGCCCUGAAGGACGGGCACACACACUUCCAAAGGUUUAGAGCCAUCAAUCAAACUAACAUGCUGGUGUGCAAAGAAAUGGGUGAGCAGUAUGGCUGUGAAGUAGAAAGCAGUGCUAGCGACUGUACCAUCAGUCUGCACUUCAGAAAGUUAAGAAAGGAAAUUGAAAAGUUUCGCUGCAUGCUUUAUUUAAAUAUACUGUAUUUUUGUCAAAUAAUUUAACAUUUUGGCAUCCACAGUGACAUUUUAUUCAGCUUUUGCACAGUAAAUGAAUACCUUUUGCCUCCUAUUGUAUAUAAAAACCUGUUUUCCAUAUAUGUUGAAAUCAAAAACAUGAUUUUUGACUUGAUAUACUUUAUUAAUCCCUGAGGGGAAAUUGUUUUUUUUUUUUGCAUGACCUUUGCAGGCCUCUUGAACAAUGGUUAAGAGCCUUGCUCAAGGGCCCAACAGAGUAGGAUCCCUUCUGGCAGUAACAGAUUUGAACCAGCAACCUUUCUCAGCCUUAGAGUUGAGUAACGAUUUCGUAUUCUGAAAAUGAAGGGCACGAUCACCAUCUGAAGCGUCAACGUAUGGAGGCCCUGAACUAUUUUAGCCUCGUCAGUUUUAAAGGAAUGAGUUUCAACAAACACACAGCACAGAGCAUCAGGCUGAUGCUUAUCGAGAUGCUUUCAUAUUUGUAAUACCCUGACAUGCUUGGCUGCUCUGGCCAGUCCCACAUAGCUGGGAAUCGGACUCCGAAGAUAACAUUUUGUCGACUAGCAAAGAUCAUCAAACUGUGAGGCCACAGUUGUUUUGUUGUUUUUUUUUUUAAUCCGCUGCGGCCUCUGAGAAGCGUGGGUGUGCUACAGACCUCACUUUUAAUAAUGCUGGCAUUUACUCGCUCCGUCCUUCGCAUUGUAUUACAAUGGAUUCAGCAGACUUUUUCACUUUAACUUAAUGUAUCUGACUUCAGACAAGAGUAAACAUUUGAGAUUAUUUGAUUACCUAUCUUGAUCUGCCAGGGAGAUAAUGAGAGAUUUUCUUUUUUAAAUAUGCAGCCAUCACAGCUAACAUUUACGAAAGAGUAAAGCAAGACAAAAAACAAAAAACGACACACAUGAGAUGCUUACACACAACAGGCGGAGG